CUAAACUUUGGAAUUGGAGCUCAUUCGGUUUUCAGGCAGAAAUGGACUCGGACGACAACUCAAGUGGCACAACCGGUAGUGAUCUCGGCCAGCGCUAUCGACAUGCAGGGGACUUAACUGGCGAAGCCCCAACCAGACCCUUCUCAGAGAUCAGCAUUACGGUUCCGUGGGGACACAUAUCUGGCAAAUGGUACGGCCCGCAGAAUGUUCAACCGAUUCUGGGACUUCACGGCUGGCAGGACAACGCGGGCACCUUUGAUCGACUAAUGCCGCUGCUGUCGCCGGACGUGGCCUUCCUCGCAAUCGAUCUGCCUGGCCACGGGCUUUCCUCCCGGCUGCCCGAUGGCUGCUACUACAACUCAGUGGACAAUCUAUAUGUUAUCCGGCUGAUCAUGAAGCAGUACAAGUGGGAGAAGGUGUCCCUGGUUGGACACUCCAUGUCGUCCAUUAUAUGCUUUGUGUUCGCCGCUGUCUUUCCCGACAAGGUGGACAUGAUUAUUGGCAUCGACGCCCUGAAGCCACAUCAGCGACCAUAUCCCUCGGUUAUAAGGACCAUGGAGACCCGACUGGAUGAGUUCCUGCGCGAGGACGAGAGGAAUAGGAGCAAGAACGAGCCGCCCAGCUACACCUACGAUGAACUUAUCGAAAGGGUCUAUAUGGGCACCUUCCAUUCGGUGAACAAGGAGCACUGCAAGCAUUUGAUGGCCCGCAACAUUGGCAAGUCGGAGAAGUACCCGGACAAGUACUUCUUCUGCCGCGAUCGGCGCCUCAAGUUCUACAACUAUGCCAUUGGCUCGCAGGAGCUGUGCGUGGAGAUGGCCAAUCGGAUCACAUGCCCUUACUUGUUCAUCAAGGCCGCCCAGUCUUCUUACUUCGAGGACAAGAAGUACUACGACGAGGUGCUGGAUGUGCUGCUGAAGAAGUCCAACUUCGAGUACCUGGAGGUUAAUGGCUCGCACCAUGUGCACAUAAACGACCCGGAGGCCAUUAUCGGACCGGUCAACCACUUCAUCCAGCGCUUCGGACCGGCGGCCGUGGCUGCAUCCCGGCAGAAAGCCAAGGAAGCGAAGGAGAGCAAGCUCUAGUCGGCGCAUACAAUGGCAAAUGGAGCUUAUUUAUUGUGCACAUAUUGCACAGGUUUUUAUACUUAAUUGUUGAUUAUGUGAUCGUGGCAGAGGACUCGGCUCUGCUAUAAAUACACAAUGUACAAAUGCCGA